AUGGAAGCUGCGGGUGGCAUUAAUAGUUAACACACACCCAUCUUAUCAAGUGUUGUGUUGAAGCACAAAGACAUAGUAAAGGAUAUCUUCUUACCUUUGCCAAGUGGGAAUUGAUCCAUUUUGUAAAGGUCCUCUUCUGUACGGCCUCUUGUUCAUCUGGAAUUGAAGUGGUACAGUACAUGGUCAAUACAUGAUGUCGCACAAGAAACAAACAUCAUUAUGUUGUUCUCCACAGUCACAUGUAUUUAUUUUCCAAGCUUUAGCACAGAAUAUUUAAUAUGUUUUCAUUUUUGCCAUGGAAAAAAUAUUGCAAUACUGGUAUCCUCCGGGCCCUACUAAAGAUGCACACAAAACACCGUUAAAAACCAUAUAUUUAUAAUACAAUCACAUACAGUGCAUUCGGAAAGUAUUCAGACCCCUUGACUUUUUCCACAUUUUGUUACGUUACAGCCUUAUUAAAAUGGAUUUAAAAAAUAUAUAUCCUCAUCAGUCUAUACACAAUACCCCAUAAUGACUAAGCAAAAACUGGUUUUUAGACAGUUUUGCAAAAAAAAAAAGAAACAGAAAUAUGACAUUUACAUUAGUUUUCAGACCCUUUACUCAGUACUUUUGGCACCUUUGGCAGUGAUUACAGCUUAGAGUCUUCUUGGGUAUGACGCUACAACCUUGGCACACCUGUAUUUGGGGAGUUUCUCCCAUUCUUCUCUGCAGAUCCUCUCAAGCUCUGUCAGGUUGGAUUUGGGGUGUCGCUGCACAGCUAUUUUCAGGUCUCUCUAUAGAGAUGUUUGAUCGUCCGGGCCACUCAAGGACAUUCAGAGACUUGUCCCGAAGCCAUUCCUGCAUUGUCUUGGCUGUGUGCUUAGGGUCGUUGUCCUGUUGGAAGGUGAACCUUCACCCCAGUCUGAGGUCCUGAGUGCUCUGGAGCAGGUUUUCAUCAAGGAUCUCUCUGUACUUUGCUCCAUUCAUCUUUCCCUCGAUCCUGACUAGUCUCCCAGUCCCUGCCGCUGAAAAACAUCCCCACAGCAUGAUGCUGCCACCACCAUGCUUCACCGUAGAGAUGGUGCCAGGUUUCCUCCAGACGUGAUGCUUGGCAUUCAGGCCAAAGAGUUCAAUCUUGGUUUCAUCAGACCAGGGAAUCUUGUUUCUCAUGGUCUGAGAGUCCUUUAGGUGAGCUGUCAUGUGCCUUUUACUGAGGAGUGGCUUUCGUCUGGCCACUCUACCAUAAAGGCCUGAUUGGUGGAGUGCUGCAGAGAUGGUUGUCCUUCUGGAACGUUCUCCCAUCUCCACAGAGGAACUCUGUAGCUCUGUCAGAGUGACUAUCGGGUUCUUGGUCACCUCCCUGACCAAGGCCCUUCUCCCCCGAUUGCUCAGUUUGGCCGGGCGGCCAGCUCUAGGAAGAGUCUUGGUGCUUCCAAACUUUUUCCAUUUAAGAAUGAUGGAGGCCACUGUGUUCUUGGGGACCUUCAAUGCUAGCAAAACGGUCUGAAUACUUAUGUAAAUAAGGUAUUCGUUUUAUUUUUUAUACAUUUGCUAACAUUUCUACAAACCAGUUUUUGAUUUGUCAUUAUGGGAUAUUGUGUGUAGAUUGUUGAGGAAAAACAUUUAUUUAAUCAAUUUUAGAAUAAGGUUGUAACGUAACAAAAUAUGGAAAAAGUCAAAGGGUCUUAAUACUUUCCGAAUGCACUGUAUAAUGAUUAGAUAUUGACAGAUAAAAGUCCCAUCAAAGUAAGAGUCCUAAGUAGAUCAGAGUAUAAGCAGAGGAGAUAUCUGUUCACAGCUUCACACGUCUUGCAGACUCACUGCUCAGAGCCCAACCCACCAAUAACAGCAUGCAUACUCUUUCAGGUCACCCCCAGCCUGCGCCUUUGUGGAGGGGUGGAUAAUAUAUGCAGACAGACUCUGUGCCUCAUGCAUAAUGCAUUUCUGCUUUCACACUACACAAAACAUCUGUCGCUAUCAUAGAAGAAAAGGGUGACUUGCAUUGCACAGUGUUUGUAGUGCACUGAACACAUACAGUGACAUGUGCAUUUGUGUCAGUAGGUUGAGGAAUACUGCACACACACAGUGGCCAUUUUUAAACAUCCGCACUUAAAGUAUACUCUCUGGUCUCGUGAUGCUGGAGAACAGGGCUAUGCUAACACUAGAUAGCCUCCACCGAGAGCAAAGAACCCAUAUUAACCCAAAGGCAUAUAGUAUAAUCUAAAGGAGCAUCAGUGAUGCACAUGCAGGGAUGCCCAGUGAAGCAUACAACAAACAUAGUGCUUCAUCUGGUUUACCUAGCUACACCAAAGCCUCAGUAAACUCCUUGUUAUUUCUGCACUAACUAAAUCCUCCUCCAUAUGCCUUACAUCCAUAGUGCCGCUGUGUCAGUAUAUUUCUGGUUCAUGCAUCUGGUUCACCUCCAUAUAAACCACAAUCCAAGCUUGGUUCCUUGUUAUUUUCCAUAUGCAUUAACUAAAUCAUCCACUAAGGAUGAGAGGGUGGGAUGCAGUGAGAGAUGAUGAUCUAUAGAAAUCACUGCUGCUGGCCUACUUACCGCGGAGAUACUGAAAGAAUCCCGUCACCAGGUUGAGAGAAGAGGUCUUUUUGACAGCUACAUCCUUAUAGUGAGCCAUUAUCCACACACUCUCCGUUGCCCCUAUGCCCUUCACAUUGUACGCUUGUUGUGAGCCUCUGUAUGUCUGUCUGUCUGUGGGAGUAGAAGAUGACAGUCCAUCCACAGUGGAAAAAGAAACAGAGGAAAGAGGGAAAAAACAGAGCUGUUCCUUUCCCUUUUAUUUCAGGCGGCAGGAAGCAAAACAGGUCUGGGCUGCCUCAGCCUGGUUGGUCGCUUGUUUCCCCGGUGACAACACAGAGCUGAGCUGAUGGGGGCUGCCUGACUGCUGCAGGGACACAGCCUCAAUCCCUUCCUCCCCCGACACCCCGACACACACCCCUCACACACACACACACCGACCAAACACACAGAGACCAGUGGAAACCCCUCUAAUAGAGACAGAUAUGUACAAUCUUUCCCAUCCUUCCCUCCUCUUCCUGUUAUUCUCCCAAAAUCCAGAAGAGCUAUGCUUGUGUUGUGUGGAUGUGAUAUGUGGUGUGUGUGAUGUGUGCACAGACCAGCCCCCGCUGCAUUGUCUGCCUCCCUGCCUCCCAGUAGCCCUACCUCCCUCCCGCAGCAGCAUCCGUCUGAGACAGGAGCAGGGGGGGAUCAGCCUGGAGUUCUGCUCAACCAAUCAGCACAAGGGAAGGCAGUGAUGUCACAGGCUGCCAUGGCUGCAUUAUCUCCUAUUCAAGCAGGGUGUGUGUGUAUGUGGGUGGGUGUGUGUGUAUGUGUGUGUGUAGUGGGAGGGUGUGUGUGUGGGGGGGGAUGUGUAUGUGUGCGUGUGUGUGUGUGUGUGUGUGUGUGUGUGUGUGUGUGUGUGUGUGUGUGUGUGUGUGUGUGUGUGUGUGUGUGUGUGUGUGUGUGUGUGUGUGUGUGUGUGUGUGCGUGCGUGCGUGCGUGCGUGCGUGCGUGCGUGCGUGCGUGCGUGUGUGUGUUUUCAUGUUUUCUGGAUACAAGAUUUAGAUCUAAUCUGCUGUAACUGUAACUAUAAUUAUGUGGGACACUCAAACAAAGGAGUACUGUGUUUUAUGCACUAUUAAUAAUAACAAUAAAUGUGUGGCCAGCACAAUGUUAGCAGUUCAGUUUGAUCAAAUUAUAUACAGUAUUACACUAAAGUCUUCUAAGAUUGAAUUAUAUCAAUGAUAUAUAUAUUACAUUAGCUUCCCUCCCACAAAGACCAGAAUAGUAUUAAGACUAUGCUACAAUAGCCCAGCAUGGGACAACAGUUCUAAAUAAUUGAUUUCAUAGCUGGUAGAUGGCAUCAGCCACCUGCUCUCUGACUGUCAGGGCUAUUGUUGUGAGACCAAACUAGAUACAGUACCAUAGGACUCCCCUAGGGCUUCCCCCACAGGCAAUCAAGUAAAUGAAUGCUCUCUGUUGAAUAACAGUACCUCAAAACGAGCCUACGAUUGUCAUUCUACAAUGUGAAGGCAAUAGUUAUUAACUAUUUUUAUCUGUAACUUGUUUUAUUCGAGUUCAGACUAUUAUUUCUUAUUUUAGGUUCAAAUGUUCUCUUGAACUCUUCAAUUCUCGUUUACCCUUCGUACAUUGUGCAGUACUCAUGCCUGCAGAAUGAAUUUUCAUGUGGGGACAAUAAAAUUGGAAUUGAUUGAAUUGUAGGGGUAUUUGAUAGCUCCUGCCUGAAUUUAUGUGAAUACAGUUAUUGUCUCCCUCUCCCAGACGCCCACUUUAUGACAUAGCUGGAGAAGUCUCAAUAAGCCUAUUGUCUGACUGACUGUGGAGAGAAACAUUGGACAAGAAACCAGUGACAGGACAACACACAUCUGAGUCCCUUUAAUAAUGGAUACCAUUUUUAUGUCUCUGUGUCCAGUACGAAGGAAGUAAGAGGUAGUUUCGCAAGCUAGUAGAUACCCAUAGACUUCCAGUUAUUGCGCUAACGCUAGUUAGCAUUGGCUCGCGAAACUACAUCUAACUUCCUUCAUACUGAAAACAGAGACAUUCAUUGCCAAAAUCCCAAAGUAUCUCUUUAAAAAACCCUCAACAAUGUUAAAAAUACUUACAGUAAUCUAUCCUAAAGAGUUAGCAGCAAUUCACUUUUGUUUGGGGAAAAAAGUCUAAAUCGACUACCAUAACUUGUCCAUCCUAUGAGUCGUCACUAAUGUCAGGCACUAAUGUUGGGCGAUUAGGCCUGGCUCACAGUCGGCAUUCCAAUUCAUCCCAAAGGUGUUCGAUGGGAUGAGGUCAGGGAUCUUUGCAGGUCAGUCAAGUUCUUCCACACCGAUCUCGACAAAUCAUUUCUGUAUGGACCUCGCUUUGUGCACGGGGGCAUUGUCAUGCUGCAACAGGAAAGGGCCUUCCCCAAACUGUUGCCACAAAGUUGGAAGCACAGAAUCGUCUAGAAUGUCAUUGUAUGCUGUGGCGUUAAGAUUUCCCUUCACUGGAACUAAGGGGCCUAGCCCGAACCAUGAAAAACAGCCACAGACCAUUAUUCCUCAUCUACCAAACUUUACAGUUGGCAGUAUGCAUUGGGCCAGGUAGCGUUCUCCUGGCAACCGCCAAACCCAGAUUCGUCCGUCGGACUGCCAGAUGGUGAAGCGUGAUUAAUGACUCGUUUCCACUGCUCCAGAGUCCAAUGGCGGCGAGCUUUACAACCCUCUAACCGACGCUUGGCAUUGCGCAUGGUGAUCUUUGGCUUGUGUGCGGCUGCUCGGUCAUGGAAACCCAUUUCAUGAAGUUCCCGACGAACAGUUCUGGUGCUGACGUUGCUUCCAGAGGCAGUUUGGAACUCGGUAGUGAGUGUUACAACCGAGGACAGCUAAUUUUUACGCGCUUCAGCACUCUGCAGUCCCGUUCUGUGAGCUUAUGUGGCCUACCACUUCGCAGCUGAGCCAUUGUUGUUCCUAGACGUUUCCACUUCACAAUAACAGCACUUACAGUUGACCGGGCCAGCUCUAGCAGAUCAGAAAUUUGACAAACUGACUUGUUGGAAAGGUUGCAUCCUAUGACGGUGCCACGUUGAAUGUCACUGAGCUCUUCAGUAAGGCCAUUCCACUGCCAAUGUUUGUCUAUGGAGAUUUCAUGGCUGUGUGCUCGAUUUUAUACACCUGUAAGCAACGGGUGUGGCUGAAAUAGCCGAAUCCACUAAUUUGAAGGGGUGUCCACAUACUUUUGUAUAUAUAGUGUAUUAUUGAGCCUAUAUGGUUCAUCCUUCAGCUAGUACACUAUGUUGUUAGACACUAAAAAGAGAGCAUAAAGACCAAGGGGAAACUCAGUGACAUUAGGGCAAAAUGGUGUGUCCAAAGUCUACUUUUGUAUAUAAAAUGUAUCUGGGACCAGGCUAUUACAGCCCCACCUUCCUGAAUAAAACAACACAAUAGAAUGAAUAUAGUUUAGUACAUGGUAGCUUGUCAUAUGCAGCACAGAAAGGCCUUUAUUCUUUCAGGACCACAGCAGCUAUUCUUCUAAAAGCUUUUUUCUGACAGACUAUAUAUACACUAAACUAGUUCUCGUCACACCGUUUCAGUACUACAGUACAGGACCCUGUUAGUCAGGCAGUCCUGACUGAAAAAGCUUUUAAAGUAAAAAUAGAACAAAAAAGUACAUGCAUUGCAUGUUUCAGGUAUUGUGGGCGGAAAACUCAUACGGUUUCUCUGAAUAAACUGUACCAUAAUCUAGUGUAUGAAGGAGCUGUCCAGUCCUGAACUCAGAGGAGGGAGUUAUUGUGCUAUUUUUGUUUAGGGGAAUCAGUAGGCUUAUGCUGUACAGGACUAUUCUAAACCAUGACAAUAUCUACUGGGUAUGUAUGAAAAAAAGUAUGAAAAAUGUAUGCACUCACUAACUGUAAGUCGCUCCGGAUAAGAGCGUCUGCUAAAUGACAAAAAUGUAACUGUUAUCAGUUCACUUAUAGCCGGUCUCGUUUUUUCCAGUAUUAUAUAUUAGACGAUUCAUUCAAUUUAGUUUGCCGUACGGUAGGUAAGCCCUACAAUAGGGAUGUAACCUAAAUAGCAUUGAAGGGGAUAGACCCAGGAGCAAACACAAAUACCAUCAACCCCAGAGUAGAAGUCAUUUACAUGAGUGAUGUAGCACUUAAAGCAAUCUUAGGACAUGAUGAUACCUUUGGCAAGAAGCACGCUGUAGUGUAGUUCGGCUCCAGAGGUUUCUGCAGGUCACCAGGGACCACUGUAAAACCCCACUCACUCUGUUGCUCCAUUUAGCUGAGAGCAACAGUAAUUUGUAGUCCUGACAAGCAUAGAAUAAUGAUAUAGGGCUAUAGGGCUUGGAAUGAUUCUGCACUUGGACCUCAACCAGUCAAGUUUGAUAAGACAACGUCUGAAUUUGCACACGAAACAGUGACAUCUGGUGCUUGGCUUUACAAUGACAGAAAAUAAGUAAAUACAUGUAUUGCAAUGAUUUAUGUGUGUGGGGGUGAGAGGGAGAGAGAGAGAGGGGGUGGGGGGGGGGGGGGGGGGGGGUGUGGUCAGCUGUAAGAGCUGCCUCCUCCUCUAUCUCCCAGACAGUGUCAGCAGCAGCUGCCAGGUACUCUCAGGGCAGAGCUCACAGGCUCAAUGAUCUACAGCUUACGGUUUACAGCUUACAGAUUGAUAUGAUCUCAUGUAUGGAGACAGAGAGAAUAAUCACCACUCUCUCACAUCUAUAGAGGAGAUGUGAGCCUAUCAGUGGAGGCUGGUGGGAGGAGCUAUAGGAGGACGGGCUCAUUGUAAGGGCUGGAAUGUAAUAAAUGGAACAGAGUCAAACGUGGUUUCCAUAUGUUUGAUACCGUUCCAUUUAUUACAUUCCAGCCAUUACAAUGAGCCUGUCCUACUAUAGCUACUCCCACCAGCCUCCUAUGGAGCCUAUAUAUCCUGCCUAUAGCCUGCAAAUGUAUUAAUGAAUGAAAAUGAAUGAAACACAAGACAUGUCUAGUCAGAAAGGGCAACUGAGCUCUAUAUAGAGCCAUUUAACAUACAAAUGUCACAAAUCCUCAGAGCAAACUGCAUCCGACGUGUUUGUGCUAUGCUGAUUGUGAGAGGCCAGAAUGAAGUCUGGUGGGUGGGUUCUCUCUCUAUGCUUUAUCACUGUGGUUCCUGUAAGGGAGGGUAGUGAUCACACGCGACAUCCCCACCACAAACCCUUCACUGGCAGUGUUUCAUCACAUCCACCUUAGACCACCAUCCCCAGACAUAAAAGGGGAAACCACCAUGGCUCAGUCAGUCAUGUCAUUCUGAACGCAAGAGCAUCUGGGGUGGGCUGGGCCAGUCAUGCACACCACUCUACUCUCUGGUCUCUCCUGGCAGUAAAAGACACAUCAGUGGUAACCUGAGAGUCACCAUCCAUCCGAAUGAGGCGAGGAUCUGUUGGCCUGGGUGGAUUCCAUGGUGCUCUAGUCUAAUGUUAUGCAAUGGUUCUGCUAAAUGUUUGGAUUAUAUGACAUGGACAGCACUGUCUAUGAAUGUUCAAUUUCAAUACUUAGUCAUUAACCAUGCGCAAACUUGUUUCGGCCAAAGGCAGGCAGCCUCUCUCAGUGUGUAAAUGGUAUACAGAGUCCCAAUGUCUGAGGCCAAAUGUUUCCCAAGGGCAAGUGACAGAGAAUUUAUGUUGACUCUCAGGAAGCACUAAUUAAUUACCAAGCCUGCAGUUGGGCAGACUACAGGAUAAAUCUGGGUAUAAUUUCACAUGGUGCUGUAGCAUAGCGUACUAGACUUGCUUCCAGUCGAAGAGCCCAGUGGCCAACCAAAAAACGUCUGUCAGGGAGAGAAUUACGUAAAUCAUCAUCAAGAUGAGACCAUUCAAUCCGUCAGUACCCCAACAGCCUGACAGAAGGUGGUAACUUUCUUCACAGGAUAUCUCCUUUUUGUGACAGGUCGUUGUGUUCCCUGUAAGUUCUGGGUUGUGUUCAUAAGGCACCAAACGAAAGAAAACAGACAAACAGAGAAGGAGUACCUGGACGUUUUCUGUUGCAUGACCUAAUGAACUAGCUACAUCUCCUUUGGUCUCCACAAUGCACAACACCAACCUGAAGACUACCAUUAUGUUGAUCUGUUACAGAUGUGACCUACCUACCUACAGAAUACCUCUUUCUUUCAGCCACAAGCUAUGGAAACUCAGUAACCUCACCUACUGGUAGAGCUGGGUACUUUCUGUACAGUCAUCGAAUGGGGGCCCUUUCCAGCUUUAGAAUGCAUCCCAAAUGGCACCCUAUUACCUACGUGGUGCACUACAUUUGACCAAGGCCCAUAAGGCUCUGACCAAAAGUAGUGCACUAUAUAGGAUAUAGACUGCCAUUUGGGACACAGCCUUGGUUGUGAUUGAGGGAAGAAGAAUGUCAGCAAUGCAGUAGCUUAUUAGGAAGUAGCCAAUUAGGUGUUUAAAACAAAUAUUAGGGGUAAAUAUUAUGAAUGGAAAUUUCAGGGAAAGAGGAAGGAUAGAGAACUGCCUCUUGUGUCACUUCUGUAAAUGUAGCCUACAUUAAUAGGCUUUUCUUCACUGUUGAGUUUACCUGUCAAGCACUCAAACAUGCAGCUGGAUGUCAAACAUACAGUAUAGCCAUACACACUAGAUUGUCAUUGACUAAGCGUAGGAAGCUUUGCCUUGCACUGACAUUGAGCCAGGUUAGCACAUGCCCACUUCAAGCCUGGACAUGCCUAAGCAAAAGGUUUGAGAGUAAGGUUUCAAACACAAACACAAACACACAGGCAUACACUGGCACUCAAACAUGCACGCUCACACACACACGCACAGAGAAAAGUUUUACAACUAUAGAUAGCCUUUAUUAUUCCCAUGUUCAGUCAACAUCACAUCUUUCUCAAAGACUAUACUUUAUUCACUAAAAUUAAUUAAUAAAAAUACCAAACUUUGCACUUUACAUCUCACGACCUAUACAAUUCAGACACUGUUCUGCUAUGUAUAGUUUAAGAGAGCAUCUCCACCUCAAAAAUGUCAUGAUGAUUAACUCUUGAACGUUGUGGCAAAAUUUAGAUUUCCGCCUAAAUAGACAUGCCCAAAAGUAAUUAUUUUUCACGAGAUGACCAUAAACAACUAGUAAUGCUGCAUAGUUCUAGAAAGGUCUGGAACUCACCUUUCUGGUAAAAUUAUUUAUAAAUUGCUGAGGUGUACUCACGUUUGAGGACACAAGCUCAAGUACAUAGUACAAAUAUUAUGAACAUUUAAAAAAUCAUAUAUAUUUUUCCUAUUCAACAAAAGUGGGAGAAUGAUAACUGAACUUUAAAUAUAUGAACAAUCAAAUUAUAAAUGACUUACUAUAAGAUUUCACCUUUCUUAUAACUGUAAAAUAAAUAUGAUAAUAUUUAGUGACAGUACAAAUUUGGCCCCAUUUCAUUUAACUGACGACAGAGUAUUUUCUGCCAAGCCUCCUCUGAGCAACGCAGAGACACCAUUCGAAUGUCUGCAGACUCGUUACAACUUCAGCUUUAUGCACAAAGUGAUUUAGUCCCUCUGUGUUUCAAUUCUAUAAAAUUAUUUUGUAUUUUGUCAUGUUGAGAGCUCUAAAUACGGCUGAAAAUAUCACAGCGAGAUGAAACCAUGACUGCUGGAGGAAGAGGAAUCCUCACUCAGAGGAAGAGGAAAUCUUUGACUGGAUAGGCCAGAAACCUGUGAAACCUGACACUUCAAGUCAGCUCCGCUGACAGUGUGGUAGCGGAAAUCAGACAGAUGUGGCUUUCUGGCAUUAUAAGGCACUGGACCCUGCGAAGUUCACAGAGUGCUUGGUACACCAACAUGUCCAGAACCGCUCAAAGUCCCCUAAAUCGUGCACUUAACCUCUAAGAGAAGAUACAGUCCACUAAAAUGGCAGGUGUUCUGGACUAUUGGCACUCAUUGUUUCUCACAAUUAAAGGGAUACUUCAAGAUUUUGGCAAUGAGCAUGCUAGCAGAUACCCAUAGACUUCCAGUCAUUGCUUUAAUGCUAGUUAGCAUUGGCUCGCAAAACUACUAACUUCCUUCAUACUGGACACAGAGACAUAUAAAUGAUAUCCACUAGUUCAUCUGACUCUGGGGAAGAAAAUUCCGAAGUAUCCCUUUAAAUCCACACUCACUGUUCAAAUUUGACAUAGAUUAGAAAAAGCUCAAGUUUAACGAACAGGAAAACAUCCUCCCAAAGAGCAGAAAGUUAGUUAUCGGGCAGCAGUGGCACAACCACACACGUCUCAUAACAGAGUAACUAUGGUAAAGCACUACACACACACACAAUAAAUAGACAUAGACAUGGGCAGAAGUGGUACAACCACACACAGAUAUUUUAUAACACAGUAACUAUGGUAAUGAGCUACACACACACACACACACACACACACACACACACACCCUGCUGAAUCUAUCAGUGACAAAACAAACACAAGUGAAGGUGCAGGUUACAAGCUCAAAUUCGUUCCCAAUUUGCUCCCAAACCCCUUUCCCUUGACCCUAACCCCUUUGAUGUUUGCAGACCUGUCAGUUCCAACAUUACACUGCUUUUCACCCUUCGGAUCUGCAAACAUGGACAGGUUGGGCCCAAGUAGAAGGGGUAGAGAGAGAAUUGGGACUACAGAGACUAGACUCUCAAUUCAAGGAUGGAUUUAGAAUUUCUAUGGGCAAACGUCCCACAGGUGAAGGUUCAAGUUACAAGCUAAAAACGUAGACUCUCAAUUCAGGGAUGGCCCCUAUCAGGGGAUGGUGGUGAUGACCUGAUGCCCUUGCAACAGGAGGGUAACACCAACAGAGAGACUUCCUGUAUUGAUCUGACCCCUUUCCAAGGACAGACAGGAAUGGUAUCAGGUUUUACCCAUGUCCAGCACACUGACAGUGGAUUUGUUACAGUCUUUGGGUUGGGCCACUGACUUCCAUUUCAGGGAACAUAUAAAUUAAUCAUUUUAGGACUGGCUAUGAUACAGGGAGUACACCAAUGGUACCGUAUGCACCAUCCGACACAGUGGGGAUGAGUCGAGAGAGUGACACCAAUGCCUGGAUUCCAGACACAGAUCAAGCCUGUUCUUAGACUAAAUUUGACUUUAAAGCAAGAAUGCUUGUGCCCAUUUGGUUGUAAAUCCUCAUUUAUAAUUUUUACAGUUGUCACGACUUCCGCCGAGGCUGCCUCCCCUCCUUGUUCGGGCAGGUUUUGGCGUUCGUCGUCACAGGCUUACUAGCUACUGCCGAUCCCAUUCUCAUCACUCCACUUGUCAUGUCUGGUCUUGUCAAUCACACACACCUGGUGCUCAUUUCCCUAAUUAGUAUUUGUAUAAGUGUUCCCUCUGUUCCCCUUGUCUUUGUGAGUGAUUGUUUCAUUGUGAGAGCGAGUAGCUCGGUUGAGCUACUCAUCCAUUUGUUAUUGCCAUGGUGGAAUAUUUCCCUUGUGAUAGUUUCGUUUUGACGCGGGGUGCGUUUUAUUUAUGUAAACGGAAUAAACUCUGGACUUCUGUGUUUUACCUCCUGUGCCUGACUCCUUCAUUCACACCUCGUCACAGAAUCACUCACCCGCUGAAUGGAGUCAGUAGGAGAAGACCGCAUGCCUGGAGUUGUGGCAAGUGUCCAGGAGCAUUUCUCAAUGCUGGCCAGCUUGGGGGAAGCUAUGGAUCGGGUUCUUCAGGUAGUACAAUGCCUGGAGAGGAGAGGACCCGAUCUAUCGAGACCAGCUGGUCAACCGGAUCCAGCCACCUACACCCCAGCCCCUGGAGGGAUCCAGAUAUCCCGGCCACCGCCGUUUGAUGGGACGGCAGCGCGAUGUAAGGGAUUUCUGCUCCAACUAGAGCUGUAUUUCUCCAGCAUCAGGCUGGCGCCACUGGAGCGGGAGAAGGUAUAAUGCUCGUUUCCUGACUUUGUGGGAGAGCCCUGGAGUGGGCCAACGCGGUGUGGAACGAGGGAGGUGCCGCGUUGGAGGACUACGGGGAGUUUGCUCGCCUCUUUCAGGCCGUUUUCGAUCACCCGCCUGAGGGUCGAAAGGCGGGCGAAUGACUGGUCCAUCUGAGGCAGGGGACGAGGACCGCACAGGACUACGCGCUGGAGUUCCGGACGCUGGCAGCGGGGUCCGGGUGGAACGAGCGGGCCCUGAUCGACCAUUUCCGGUGCCACCUAAGGGAGGACGUCCGAUGGGAGCUAGCCUGCCGUGAUGCCAUGCUAUCGUUCUCCCAACUGGUGGACAUGGCCAUCUGGCUGGACAAUCUGCUAGCAGCCAGAGGACGUCCUGGUAGGGGUCUGCCGUUCUCACUCCGGACGACUCUGACCCCGAGCAGAUUGAGCUGGGGGGAGCCGCCGGUCGAGAGAGCGCAGGAGGACAGUGACAGUGCCACUCUGGUGGCACGAAGGGACAAUCAACCUCACGUCGCAGUCAACGUUCCUUUGGGUCUGGAGGCGGUAGGCAGGGUACUCACGCAUCACCCCAGGUAACAAACAACCAAACUUGUUCAGAGCCCUUUGCAGCGCACUGUACCUUAUCUAUCUCCUUUCCCGAUCACCUGGUAGUUUCCCAGUGUAAGGCGCUAGUUGAUUCAGGCACAGCUGGGAACUUUAUGGACAGGGCAUUUCGCACGCCGUCAAGGCAUUUCAUUGGUUCCCCUUUCCAUUCCACUCCCCAUCAGAGCACUUGAUAGUCAACCAUUAGGGUCUGGGUUGGUUAAGGAGGUUGCUGUACCAGUCACCAUGAUUACACAGGAGACGCAUGUUGAGCAGAUCACUUUUUUGAUUAUUGAGUCUCCUGCUUACCCUGUAGUCUUAGGUAUUCCAUGGUUAGCCCUUCACAACCCCAAUUUUUUAUGGCCGCAGAGGGUUCUUAUGGGGUGGUCGCGUGAGUGUCCAGGUAGGUGUCUAGGUGUUUCCGUUGGUGCGACCACGGUGGAAAGUCCAGACGGUACUCCCACCGUGCGCAUUCCCCCCAAAUACCAUGAUCUGGCAUUCGCGUUUUCCAAGAUGCAAGCGACUAAAUUACAACCUCAUCGGGAGGGGGAUUGCGCGAUAAACCUUCGGGUAGACGCUGUACCUCCCAGGAGUCAUGUGUAUCCCCUGUCGCAGACUGAAACGGAGGCUAUGGAAACAUACGUCCCUGAGUCCCUGCGCCAGGGGUACAUACGUCCCUCCACUUCACCUGCUUCCUCGAGUUUCUUCUUUGUGAAGAAGAAAGAUGGCGGUUUACGCCCGUGCAUUGAUUAUCGACCACUGAAUAAGGUGACGGUACGAUUUAGUUAUCCUCUUCCCCUCAUUCCUUCAGUGAUUGAGUCAAUGCAUGGGGCCCAUUUUUUCACCAAAUUAGACCUCAGGAGUGCCUACAACCUGGUGCGUAUUCGGGAAGGGAAUGAGUGGAAAAACAGCAUUCAGCACAACCUCGGGGCAUUAUGAAUACCUGGUGAUGCCCUACGGUUUGAUGAAUGCUCCAUCCGUUUUCCAGUCCUUUGUGAACAAGGUGUUUCGGGACAUGCUUGGUCGCGGUGUGGUGGUCUACAUCGAUGACAUCCUGGUGUAUUCCGCUACGCGUGCCGAGCAUGUGUCCCUGGUUCGCAAGGUACUGGUCCGACUGCUGGAGAAUGAUCUUUAUGCCAAGGCAGAGAAGUGUGAGUUUUUCCAGCAGUCAAUCUCCUUCCUCGGAUAACCCAUUACUACCACAGGUGUGGAGAUGGAGGGAGAUGGCAUUUCAGCCGUGCGUAAUUGGCCGACUCCAACCACGGUGAAGGAGGUGCAGCGCUUCCUUGGCUUUGCCAACUACUAUCUGAGGUUUAUUCGGGGCUUUGGCAAGGUCGCAGCUCCCAUUACAUCUGCUCACCUCAGCCCCGGUACUGGCUCACCCCGAUUCAUCACUACCGUUCGUAGUGGAGGUGGAUGCGUCUGAGGUAGGGAUAGGCGCUGUCUUAUCCCAACGCUCGGGCACACCACCCAAGUUCCGCCCCUGUGCCUUCUUUUCGAAGAAGCUCAGCUCGGCGGAGCAGAACUACGGCGUUGGUGAUCGGGAGCUGCUGGCUGUUGUCCGAGCUUUGACGUGUGGAGGCAUUGGCUCGAAGGGGCGAAACACCCUUUCCUCGUCUGGACAGACCACCGUAACCUGGAGUACAUUCGGGCAGCGAGGAGGCUGAAUCCUCACCAGGCCAGGUGGGCCCUCUUCUUCACCCGGUUUAAUUUCACACUCUCAUACAUUCCGGGUACGAAGAACGUGAAGGCAGACGCACUGUCUCGGCUGUAUGACACAGAGGAGAGGCCCAGAGACAACACCCCCAUACUCCCGGCCUCAUGCAUUGUGGCGCCGGUAGUAUGGGCAAUGGACGCAGAUAUAGCGCAGGCAUUACGCACAGAUCCAUCUCCACCGCAGUGUCCAGCUGGGCUGCAGUACGUGCCUGCGCUUAUCUGUGAUCGUCUGAUCUACUGGGCACACACAACACCUUCCUCUGGUCAUCCAGGUAUCGAUCGUACAAUGCGCUGCCUGACCGAGAAAUACUGGUGGCCUACCUUGGCUAAGGACGUGAGGGUGUAUGUUUCCUCCUGCUCAGUGUGCGCCCAGAGUAAGGCAUCUAGGCACCUCCCAGCGGGUAAGCUACAACCUUUACCAGUUCCACAACGACCAUGGUCUCACCUUAGUAUUGAUUUUCUUACUGAUUUUCCCCUCUCCCAAGCUAACACCACUAUCCUGGUCGUUGUGGAUCGCUUUUCGAAGUCCUGCCGCCUCCUUCCUCUGCCCGGUCUCCCCACGGCCCUACAAACUGCAGAGGCUCUGUUUACUCACGUCUUCCUGCACUACGGGGUACCAGAGGAUAUAGUGUCCGACCGAGGUCCCCAGUUCAUGUCUAGAGUCUGGAAGGCGUUCAUGGAACGUCUGGGGGUCUCGGUCAGCCUGACCUCUGGAUUUCACCCCGAGGGUAAUGGGCAGGUGGAAAGGGUGAAUCAAGAUGUGGGUAGGUUCCUGCGGACCAACUGUCAGGACCGGCCGGGGGAGUGGUCGGUGUUCCUGCCAUGGGCAGAAUACGCUCAGAACACUCUCCGCCACUCCUCCACUAACCUAACACCCUUCCAAUGUGUUUUGGGUUACCAACCGGUCCUGGCACUGUGGCACCAGAGCCAGACUGAGGCUCAUACGGUGGAUGACUGGUUUCGGCGCGGAGGAGACUUGGAACGCUGCCCACGUUCGCCUCCAGCGCGCUGUGCGUCGUCAGAAGGCGAACUGCCCUGCCGGAAGCUGAGCCCGUGGUUUGUGGGGCCGUUUAAAGUCCUGAGGAGGAUAAACAAGGUUACAUACAGGUUGUUACUCCCCCCUGAUUACCAUAUUAACCCCUCGUUUCAUGUGUCUCUCCUCAGGCCGGUGGUAGCUGGUCCGCUCCAGGAGUCUGAGGUGCGGGAGGUUCCUCCACCUCCUCUGGACAUCGAGGGGGCCCCGGCGUACUCGGUCCGUUCCAUACUGGAUUCGAGGCGUCAGGUGGGGGGCCUUCAGUAUCUCGUGGAGUGGGAGGGGUACGGUCCGGAGGAACGGUGCUGGGUCCCAAGGAGGGACAUCCUCGAUCCCUCCCUGUUGAGGGAUUUCCACCGUCGCCAUCCGACUCGCCCUGCUCUGUGUCCUCCUGGCCGGGGUCGGCGCACUGCUGGAGCCCUCCUUGUUCGGGCAGGUUUCGGCAUUCGUCGUCACCGGCUUACUAGCUACUGUCGAUCCCAUUCUCAUCACUCCACUUGUCAUGUCUGGUCUUGUCAAUCACACACACCUGGUGCUCAUUUCCCUAAUUAGUAUGUGUAUAAGUGUUCCCUCUGUUCCCCUUGUCUUUGUGAGUGAUUGUUUCAUUGUGAGAGCAAGUAGCUCGUACUCUUCCAUUUGUUAGUGCGUUUUAUUUAUGUAAACGGAAUAAACUCUGGACUUAGGUGUUUUACCUCCUGCGCCUGACUCCUUCAUUCACACCUCGUCACAACAGUACUAGACUCUGCGGUACAGAAAUAGCUCAUCCCAUUUCUGUGUUUGUGGAAUCACACUUUCAGUCCUUUUCUAAAACUGAAUUGGGUCGUUCCACCAAAUGAGUACCUUUUGCGUCCCUUUGAUAUUUUAAGUAGAAAUUGUGCACCAAUAUUGCAUUUUAAAAGCCUGUUCUAUUGAAUGAAGUGCCCUUUAAUAUAGACCACAUGGAGCAUUCAAUACAUCUUUUUAAUAUUAAUAAAGACUUGCUAAAGUGCCAAAAUUCAGUAUUUGUGACUUCUAUUUGUGAAUUCAGUAUCUGUGACUUCUAGGAAGAUUUUAACCCACUUAACCCUAACAUUUCUCCAAGUUUUUAACAUCAUGUUUAAUCCAUGUUUUAAUAAUGAAAAUGUAAAAAAGUAUUAUAAUAAUAAUAAUUGAACCUCUUGAGAUGGGAAAACAUGUUUUUUAUUAAGUUGAACAGCUGCUAUUUAUGUCAGAAUUAUAAAAAAUAUAUACAUAUAUAUAUAUGAAGUUACAAUACCCAAAAGGUACUAAUUUGGUGGAAUAACCCAAUUAGGCCUACUCUUGAGUCAUGUCAUACCUGACCUAAAAGAACUAGCACCCAAGCAUAUGCCAACCACAAAGUAACAACAAAGCAAAGUCCUGAAAACUGUGUUUAAUGCUGAUCAUUAAGUUCAGAUAGUAAAGACAAAUAGAUAGCUAUGAAGCUUCAUUGCAGCAAGCAUUGGACUCCAUGGCAACCAAAGUGUGAAAUGCCUGAGGACCUUAUCUCUGACACUUCUCCAAAUAGCAUUGCUCUACUUCUAGAAAACAAGACAGUGACUAAGAAGAACAUAUUUUUAUACAUACUGAGGUAGUGUCAUUAACAUUUUGUUUGGUUUAGAGCAAACAGGAAAUUGUGUUUUAUAUCAAUGGCACCAACCAGAGCUGUGUAGUAUAUGGCUCUGGCACAAACAGACACAUUUACUGUAUGAGAAUUAAUUCUUAUUACACUAUAUUAAAAUCAAAAUGUUUACCCUUGAUACACAUUUAUCUAGGGACAGCUUACAACAAUGCAGCUCUUUGUAGCUCGGUGACCACUCCUAUUAUAGGAAUUCUCUAAAUGAAUCUCAUCAGUUACCUUAAUUAAAUUAGCAAUUGCUUUAGUUAAAGAAAGACUUCAACAACAAGACAACAAAAGAGGUGCCUUAUUCCCUGUUAUAGGAUGAAUGGGUAGGCAAUCCUAAGAAGAGGGAGUAAUUCUCUCCAUACCCUAUCCCUCAGGCAGCACUGCAGUGGCAGUGCACACAAGGCUAUUACAAACAAGACCUUGUAUUCAGAAUCAUGCAUAUCUUCUCUCUGACAGUAUUUCACCUAAACGUAAUACCUCACCAUGCACAAGUGAGGCAUCUGAAAUACUAACAGUACUUCCCACAUACUGCGUGUCGCUACGCACAACUUCUGAUCAAUGGAAAACGUUGAUUUCCGCACAAGUCAGCGCAGCAUACCCUCCAUAGGGUUUGUACAUAUCAUCAUCAUGGUGACAGAAUGCCAGGUAUACCUUAAGCCCUCACACAUUGUGUGAGUUGUGUCAGAAUAGAAUAGAAAAUAACAGAAUAGAAAAACUUGGUCUGUAUAUGUGUGUCUGGGAAAGUCUGCAUUGUGCAUUCUAUCAUGCAGGGGUACCUGGCAAACUCCAGACAUGCAGGCACAUGGCCAAGGUAUUGAAUCAGCAUAAUAGCACAGCAGCACAGAAUGGAUAUUAACAGAAAGGUUUGUCUAAAAUGGCAUCCUAUAUCCUAUAUAGUAGGCUAUAUAGGCCAGGGAAAAGGGUGCCAUUUUGUACGCAUCCAAAGUACCAGUACCUCCAUAGCACCCAAAUGAAUGAGACCUACCUUGCAGUUUUUGCAUCAGGUUGGCAAUGUUCUUGGAGGUUCUUCCGGACUGCCAUGGUGAGGCCAUAUCGUUUUUCUGCUACUGUUUGGACCACAGCAGGUGAUACACUGAUGCAGACGAGACGACAAGAGAUCAUCCCAUGUUACUUUUCUGAGGAAGGCAUCCCCUCACGCCCCUCCUCUCCCCUCCUUUCUCUGACUCUCUCUCUGUUUCCCUCUCCCUCUGUCUCUCUGUCUGUCUCUCUCUAUCUAUGUCUCCUCCUCUCUCACGUUCUAUCUCUGUCUCUCUCUCUCAAGCCGAUUUUAGAGGCUUGAUUUGGGCUACUGCAGCAGAGGGUCCAAUCGAAUCUCAGAUUUCAGAUAGGGGGAUCAGCAGUUUUGCUACCCAAUGGCAGCCGUCCUUCCAUUCAUUGUCUAGAGAGGAGAGAGAUGAUAAGUGUGCCAGUCAAGUGUGUUUCCUUGAAAGUGACAGCUAUCACUGUCACACAUGUAUUAAUAUAUGAAUAUGAACUAAAUAAAAGCAUUAUUCAUAGCUCAUAAGGCAUUAUAAUGUGCUUAUAAUGCAUUAUGAAGAGGGAAGGUAGGCUAUUCAUAGGAAGUGUUAUCAAAACCCCUAGUAUCUAUAAAUGAAAUAGGAAUGUGAAAUCAUGAGUCAACAGAAAAUUCUCUAUGAAAGUGACAUGAAGUUUACAGUACGCCUACAGUGCAUGCAUCAUCUGGAUAAACAAAAAAUGAAGGAGCUGUCAAAAUUUUUUAAUUUUGAGUCACACUGCAAACAACAAGUCAUUGCAUAUUAAUUCGCUAUAAUGUAGGCUCCAUUAGGAGUUCUUGUCUCGAGCUAUUGCAUCAAUUGGCUAGGCGAGAAAUGUGCCUCCCCACAUGAGGUGAAAUAACUUAAAAAAAAAGGCAGUAGUAGUACUAGUAACACAUUAGUAAAACAAAUUGACACAAAUUGAUUAAUCUAGUAAAAGAAAUGUAACUAAGAAAAGUUGCACUAAAUAGAGCGCUCAAACGUUUCUUACCACAACUGUCAAUCCUGCAGCAAGCGCAUGAAGCAUCAACUUCAGGGAGGAAGUGUAUGUGUGUGUUACUAUGUUGCCAAUGGUAACACUCAAACUCUGUAGCAGUCGCCGUAUUUUUAGGUAUAAUUUUUUAUGUGAAACAUUGUAGCAAUAUUAAAUAAUAUUUCAGUUCCUUGUAGUUUCUUGCUAUAAAAAAAUUAGAAUAUGGUCCUCGCGCUAAAGUUAUCACGUAGUUAUUCGCGCCAUGUCAAAUUGAAACGUCCCUUUCCUUACACUUUAGUUUUUUAUGUGCAUCUGUCUAUAAUUUGACUUCACUGCCAUCUUCUGGUUUCUUGAAGUAAUGUAGGCUAUCUAGUUUGUCUGCCUUUCUGUAUGGGCCUACAGUACACACUACACAGUGCUGCUUAGUAGUCCUAGUAAUUAGCUACUACAAUAUACUUUAAUUCAGAAAAUUGUGGGAAACUGUCUAUUUAUCUAGGCAACCACUUUAUACCAGCAAUUCAGUGACAGCGGCCAUAGAUUAUUGUAGCCUACAUGGGAACCACUGCAGUUAAGGAAGGCUUAGAGUUUAGGGGGGGUGGUAGGGAGUAGCACAACAAUUGAAGGAAAUCCCAGCAGAGGCUGUAUACUAGAUAGUGUUCACUGCAGACUUUCUAUUGGACAGUGACAUUUUGUUGGGUUUUCUUAUCAUACAUAACCCUGGUGAAACAGUUGCAAGACACUUGGAAACAAUUAGAUUAUUGUGGGCCACAGAGGGUUGUGUUCAUAUUGAUGUACACUAUAUCCUUACUGCCCCUAUACCUUACACAAUAUACCCUUGUAACACUCUAUAUAACAUGAAAAAGGCUCCUGAUCUAAAAGUCACAAAGUUGCCAUUCAAAUACAAGUAAAUCACAAUAUUUAAUAAUGGAGCCAAAGGGCCAUUGUUCAAGAGGAACAUUGAUUGUCAGAGGAAGCAGCCUUGUUUCCCAGAGUUCUGCCCAACGCAGAUAAGCAAAGCACAAGCUAAUUUUAAAAAGUAGAGAGAGAGGCAGGAAGCAUGACAGCAACGUUUCCACUAUUGCAAACAAACUAAACAGGAAGAAAUGGACCAAGCAGGCAGCCUGUCUGGGAAAGAGUUCAGUUCAAUGUGCCACAGGGUUCUCACUCUAUCAGCUUGGAUGUGAACUACUUUUCUUUUCGGUAUUAUAAUGGCGUUCAAUGGAACAAAUCCAUUUCUGGAUAUACUAAAAUCAUUUAACAUUGGUAAGAAUUUUAAGCCUGCCUUAUUAAUAUAUAUAUAUAUUUUUUUGUAUAUAUAUAUAUAUAUAUAUAUAUAUAUAUAUAUAUAUAUAUAUAUAUAUAUAUAUGUGGAUUCUAUCUGAAAAUGAUUGCAUUAGUCUUAAAUAAUAAUAAUAAUAACAAUAACAAUAACAAUAAUAAUAGUAAAUAAUAAUAUAUGCCAUUAAGCAGACGCUUUUAUCCAAAGCGACUUACAGUCAUGCGUGCAUACAUUUUACAUAUAUAUGGGUGGUCGCGGGAAUCAAACAAACUACCCUGGCGUUACAAGCGACAUGCUCUACCAACUGAGUUACAAAGGACCACUCAACUUCUGUGCAGGAUGCAUUUUACAGUACAUGUGUUAUUAAAGUUAUUGUCUGAAUUAUACCUACAGUGCAUUAAGUGAUGUGAGACCAUCUUUGAGUAUUCGAUUUACUACUGUCGGUUUUUCAUUUGUGAAAAUGUAAAUUGUGGACCAUAGAAGCAAGAAUUUGCCAUUUGAAUAUGAAAACUCAAUUAUCCAACAAGUGAGUUCCUUGCCACUCCAUUUUGAUCAAGCCCAACAGGCAAAACUGGUUGCAAUGAUGUCAUUACAACCAAAUACAGUGAGGGAAAAAAGUAUUUGAUCCCCUGCUGAUUUUGUAUGUUUGCCCACUGACAAAGAAAUGAUCAGUCUAUCAUUUUAAUGGUAGAUUUAUUUGAACAGUGAGAGACAGAAUAACAACAAAAAAAUCCAGAAAAACGCAUGUCACAAAUGUUAUAAAUUGAUUUGCAUUUUAAUGAGGGAAAUAAGUAUUUGACCCCCUCUAAAUCAGAAAGAUUUCUGGCUCCCAGGUGACUUUUAUACAGGUAACGAGCUGAAGGGGCGUGCUCCUAAUCUCAGCUUGUUACCUGUAUAAAAGGCACCUGUCCACAGAAGCAAUCAAUCAAUCAGAUUCCAAACUCUCCACCAUGGCCAAGACCAAAGAGCUCUCCAAGGAUGUCAGGGACAAGAUUGUAGACCUACACAAGGCUGGAAUGGGCUACAAGACCAUCGCCAAGCAGCUUGGUGAGAAAGUGACAACAGUUGGUGCGAUUAUUCACAAAUGGAAGAAACACAAAAGAACUGUCAAUCUCCCUCGGCCUGGGGCUCCAUGCAAGAUCUCACCACGUGGAGUUGCAAUGAUCAUGAGAACGGUGAGGAAUCAGCCCAGAACUACACGGGAGGAUCUUGUCAAUGAUCUCAAGGCAGCUGGGACCAUAGUCACCAAGAAAACAAUUGGUAACACACUACGCCGUGAAGGACUGAAAUCCUGCAGCGCCCGCAAGGUCCCCCUGCUCAAGAAAGCACAUAUACAGGGCCGUCUGAAGUUUGCCAAUGAACAUCUGAAUGAUUCAGAAGGAGAACUGGGUGAAAGUGUUGUGGUCAGAUGAGACCAAAAUCGAGCUCUUUGGCAUCAACUCAACUCGCCGUGUUUGGAGGAGGAGGAAUGCUGCCUAUGACCCCAAGAACACCAUCCCCACCGUCAAACAUGGAGGUGGAAACAUUAUGCUUUGGGAGUGUUUUUCUGCUAAGGGGACAGGACAACUUUACCGCAUCAAAGGGACGAUGGACGGUGCCAUGUACCGUCAAAUCUUGGGUGAGAACCUCCUUCCCUCAGCCAGGGCAUUGAAAAUGGGUCGUGGAUGGGUAUUCCAGCAUGACAAUGACCCAAAACACACGGCCAAGGCAACAAAGGAGUGGCUCAAGAAGAAGCACAUUAAGGUCCUGGAGUGGCCUAGCCAGUCUCCAGACCUUAAUCCCAUAGAAAAUCUGUGGAGGGAGCUGAAGGUUCGAGUUGCCAAACGUCAGCAUCGAAACCUUAAUGACUUGGAAAAGAUCUGCAAAGAGGAGUGGAACAAAAUCCCUCCUGAGAUGUGUGCAAACCUGGUGGCCAACUACAAGAAACGUCUGACCUCUGUGAUUGCCAACAAGGGUUUUGCCACCAAGUACUAAGUCAUGUUUUGCAGUGGGGUCAAAUACUUAUUUCCCUCAUUAAAAUGCAAAUCAAUUUAUAACAUUUUUGACAUGCGUUUUUCUGGAUUUUUUUGUUGUUAUUCUGUCUCUCACUGUUCAAAUAAACCUACCAUUAAAAUUAUAGACUGAUCAUGUCUUUGUCAGUGGGAAAACGUACAAAAUCAGCAGGGGAUCAAAUACUUUUUUCUCUCACUGUGUAUCAACUUGAUUGCUCCCUGCUUGUAAUUACCUAUUUUUUAAAAACCAGCUUUCCCGACUAGGACAGCAUUGAACAUUCAGUAACAGUUCACCUCAAAUAUGUUAACUUUAAAUUUGGGAAAAUCUUAAAAAGUUGUCUGAUAUCUUCCUCCUUUUCCUCCAGGGAACCUAGUCCUAGCCUUCUGUUUGUCCAUGCUGAUGGGCCUACUGUUUGGAGCGUUGAUCUACAUCCUCCUAACAUGGCUGUCGAGACGCAGAGCCUCCACCCGGAUUACCAGGCGCCCCAAACAGCAGCACCGCUCAGCCACCUCCCAGCACUUAUACAACCCAAUGGCCAACCGCCUAGGCCUCUACCGGAGCACCGUGUUCGACCGGCGCAGUGACAACAGCCUUGGAGGAGGAGGUAUUCUAAGUCUCUAUAGACAGCCAUCGGUGGAGCCGGUUGGGCCACUGGGGAAGAAGACCAGCUCAGGAGCAUCCACCUUCCGACCAGUGCCCAAGGGCAGCAGGAUGGGUCAAGGUGACGGGGCUGAGGGUGACACUAACAACCAGGAUACCUUGCCCCUUCAUGACACUACUGCCACCAAUUCAUCAGCAGUAGAUACUGCCUCCCUCAUGCCAGCUCAACCCCAACGGAACUCUUUCUGGUUGGGCAACAGCAGUCUUAAAGGGUUCCUGCCCACACAGACUCCUCCUCCCACAUAUGACAGUGUCAUCAACGCCUUUCAAGAGACAUGCACCUGA